CAGCACCACGCGAUCUUUUAAUUCUAGACCAAAAUACAGCCCGGCACAGGCCUGCUGCUGCUUCGGAGCCGUCCAACUCGGCUCGCAAAGCUAUCGAGCAUGCUCUCAUCAUCUUUCUUAAAGCUCCGCGGGUCGGCGCGACAUCGGAUCUGCACAAGAUGCUUAGCUCCGCAACCAUUAGCGACCUUCUCGAGCAGCCGCGUACUCCGAACGACGGAAGAGACUGAGGAAACUUUGCCUCGCUCACCAAUCGUACUAAAGCCUCUUGGGAACACCGAGUCAACAAAAAUCUAUGCUAAAAAGAAGGCAGCCGCCACUGCUUGGGCUGAACGGGCGGACAGGAUACAAGAUGGCAAAGAACCGUGUUUAUGGGAUAUCUUUGAAGAGCGUGGUCUUGUAAAGGAUGUUGCUGGAUCCCGAGAAGCCAUUCGCGAGUUGAUGCGGCUGAAAAGGAUAGGAGCCUACGUUGGCAUAGAUCCUACUGCCGCCUCCCUUCAUCUAGGCCACUUGGUGCCGCUCAUGCCAUUGUUCUGGAUGUACAUGAACGGCUACACAAGCAUCACCCUGCUCGGAAGCGCUACCGCCAAGGUGGGCGACCCCUCAGGGCGCUUGACUGACAGGGAAAAGCAGCACCGCGACGUGUUCAACAAGAACAUGGUCUCGAUGCACUACCAAAUCAAGAAGCUCUGGACAAAUGUCGACGCGAUGGCUAGACGCUACGGGUACAAGGAAGAGUGGGCUUGGACACGCGGUCAAAGAAACAACAAUGAAUGGUGGAACAAGCAACCCUUGCUCGAAUUUCUCCAACUGCUCGGCUCCAAUGUGAGGGUUGGUCCAAUGCUCAGCAGAGACACAGUCAAGCGGAAGUUGACCGAGGGAGAUGGACUCUCCUUUGCUGAGCUCACAUACACCUUGAUGCAGGGAUGGGAUUGGUGGACUCUGUACAAGCAGUUGGGAGUUCAGAUGCAAAUAGGAGGCUCUGAUCAGUUCGGAAACAUUGUGCAGGGUAUCGAAGUGGUCAAGACAGUGCGGCCCCAGCAGCCCAUCCAUGGAGUCGACCCAUCGUCGCCUCUUGAGGAAAUUGUUGGCUUUACAACCCCACUACUUACAAACUCGUCUGGUGAAAAGAUCGGAAAGUCGAGUGGUGGAGGCAACCUCUGGCUCAGCAACAUCAAGACUAGCCCGUACGAUUUGUACGGCUACUUUGUCCGUCAACCAGAUGAGGACAUGGAGCGCAUGCUCAAGUUGUUCACUUUUAUCCCAACCAAAGAAAUUAGCGAGAUCCUCGCGAAGCAUGAAACUGACAAACCCAAGAGGGUGGCUCAGCACAGGCUGGCCUUUGAGGUGAUUGCCCUGGUGCACGGUAUGGAUGUUGCCGAGAGCACCCAGGUUGAGCACAGGGCCAUGCACGGCAAGGGCUCAGUCUCGACUCUGUUUACGCACGACACAGCGGAACAGGUACUGCUCAACUCUGCCCCAGAGGCUCACAAGAAGCUGCCAAAGAAGCUGAUGGACCAGGGCAAUAUCGCGCGCAUCCUGUUCGCUGCAGGACUGGCCAAAAGCGUGAGCGAUGGCCACCGUCUCGCGACGCAGCAGGCGGUUUACAUUGGAGGUCGGGAGGGCCAGAACAAGGAAAUGGGCGCCAGUCUCACUUUCGUCCCCGUCAAGGCCUGGUUCCCUGAGGACACAAAGAACUACCUGAUCAACGGCAACAUGCUUAUCCUUCGCAAGGGCAAGCACGACAUCCGGAUUGUCGAGUUCAUUAGCGACGAGGAGUACGAGGCUCUGGGCGAGACAUACCCAGGGCAGCCUGGUACUGGCAGAGUGCGCAACAUGCGGGAGCUUGCAAAGCUUCGACAGUCCAUGGCCGAAAGUGUUGACGGCGUGGAUCCCUCUGCCGCGCCGUCAGACUCGAAAUUACAAGCUUUGAGGAAGCAGCUUGAGUUUUUCGAAGAGAACUUUAACCCAAAUGUGCACAACCCCAAGUCACACCCUGACAAGAUCAGGGCCAAGAUACAACGACUCGAACAGCAACAGAAGCUGUUUGGUCAAGGGGAAAAUUAA